AUGAAGUCUUACGCCCUUCUUUCUCUCCUCCCGGCCGUCCUGGCCUGCGCCAACCCCAAGACCAACGAGUGCGCCAAGGCCGUCGCCGCCAAUGGCUCGUCGUUCUGCUCUUCCGUGAGCGAGACCGCCGAGCUCCCCUCGUGGGCUUCUGCCUGCAGCAAGAAGAACCUGGCCAAGGAGUGCGAGUGCCAGUUUGCCGCCGGCGGCGACUCUGCUCCCGCUCCCGCCUCCGAGGCUGCUGAGGAGCCUGUCCAGACUCAGGCCCCUGCUGCUACUACACUUGCUACUGUUGUUGCUCCUUCGGCUGUUGCUUCCAGCGCUCCUGUUGAGGAGGAGCCUGUUGAGGUUCCCGCCUCUUCCGCUGCUGGAAACUCUCCUGCUACUUCUGCUGCUGCUUCGCAGCCUUCCUCACCCGCCGGUGGUGAGGCUACUGAGGGUAGUAGUUGUGGUGCUGCUGCUGUUGAUGAGCUCGUUGGCUACGGUGAUGGAACUACCGGUGGUGGCAGCGGAGAGGGUGUCACUGUCACUUCUUGCGCAGACCUCACCUCGGCUGUUGCCAACGGCGGUGUCAUCAAGAUCGAUGGCCAACUGUCUGGCUGCGACAUCAUCCGUCUUGAGGGCGACACCACCAUCCUCGGUGUUGGCUCCGGCUCUGGUCUCGUCGGUGGUGGUUUCCGCAUGAAGGACGUGUCCAACGUCAUCCUCCGCAACCUCAAGAUGAGCAACCCUCCCGAGGGCAAGGAUCUGAUCGACAUUGAGAGCUCUACCUACGUCUGGGUCGACCACUGCGACCUCUCGGCCGAGGGCAUCACCGGCGACAAGGACCACUACGACGGUCUCUGCGACGCCAAGCGCGGCUCCGACUUCAUCACCAUCAGCUGGACCAAGUUCUCCGACCACUGGAAGGCCAGCCUGAUCGGCCACAGCGACAACGCCGGCGCUGACGACACUGGCAAGCUCCACGUCACCUACCACCACAACUACUGGUCCAACAUCAACUCGCGUGCUCCCUCUGUGCGCUUCGGUACUGCCCACAUCUACAGCAGCUGCUACGAGGACGUUCCCACCUCUGGUGUCAACUCCCGCAUGGGCGCCCAGGUGCUCGUCGAGCAGAACUCGUUCAACAACGUCCAGCGCGCCAUCGUCACCAACCUCGACAGCAAGGAGGAGGGUUUCGCCUCCAACAAGAACAACAUCUUCACCAACAGCGACACCCAAAUCACCCAGGAGAAGGAGUUUACUCCUCCCUACAGCUACACCACCGACCCUGCCAGCUGCAUUUGCGAGCUCGUCAAGGCCAAGGCCGGUACUGGAGUUGUCGCUUAG